GACCACUGGUUCUUGAAGCGUCGCAGUUCCAACACGACAGUCCACGUCACGCCGGUUCGCUUCCAUCCUUCUCGCGGUUAAAAUAGGGCCUCUUUGCGGCGGUUAGCUAUAGGUGUAGCGUCAUCACUCAUCACAUCACAGUGCGCUCCCCUCCCAAACGGCCGGCUGCCGAGGCGAUCCAGCAUGCAGCAGCAGGCUGAAACAAUGGGCUACUGCUCCUCCUACACGUCGUCCUCUCGCCCCGUCGUCCCCUCCUCCUCCCUCCGACGCCUCGGCCUCGUUCUGGCGGCCGCGCUGCUGGUCUGGUGCCAGCGGGUGGCCACGGCGCAGCAGCCGGUGCCGGUGCCGGUGCGCGUGGGCGUCAUCCUCAACCUGACGCCGUCGUCGCCGGUCGGGCAGCGGCGGAAGCUCGGCAUUGAGAUGGCGGUGGAGGACUACUACGCCGCGCGCCCCGGAUCCCGGACCAGGGUCGCGCUGCGCUUCCGGGACUCCGCCGGGGACGUCGUCGCCGCCACUUCCGCCGCGGUGGACCUGAUCAAGAACGAGCAGGUGCAGGCCAUCAUCGGCCCGCAGACGUCGGCGGAGGCCGACUUCGUGGCCUACCUCUGCAACCGCACCCGCGUGCCCAUGCUCUCCUCCUCCGCCACCUCCCCGGCGCUCUCCCCGGCGCAGACGCCCUUCUUCGUGCGCACCGCGCCCAACGACUCGUUCCAGGCCGCGCCCGUCGCCGCCGCCCUCGCCACGUUCGGCUGGCGCGCGGCGGUCGUCGUCUACGAGGACUCGCCCUACGGGUCCGGCAUCCUUCCGGCGCUCGCCGGCGCGCUGCAGGGCGUCGGCGUCAGGAUCAUGGACCGCGCCGCCGUGCCGGGCGACGGCCGCAUCGACGCUCUGCUCUACCGCUUCAAGGCGAUGCCCACGCGCGUGUUCGUCGUGCACAUGAACGCCCGCCUCGCCGCGCGCUUCUUCCGCCGGGCGAGGCUUGCCGGGAUGAUGACGGAGGACUACGCGUGGGUCGCCACCGACGGCGUAGGCGGCGUCGUGGACGCGCUCAGCCCUGACGACAUCAGCGCCAUGGAAGGGGUCCUCAGCCUCCGCCCGUUCGUGCAGAUGACGGACCGAGUCGGCAACUUCUCCGCGCGGUUCAGGGAGAGGCUCCGGCGGGAGUACCCGAGCGCCGACGUCUACUACCCGCAUGACCCGACUGUGGUCAUGCUCUGGACAUACGACACGGCGUGGGCGAUCGCGGCGGCGGCCGAGGCUGCCGGUGUCUCCAGCCCGGCGUUCCAGACACGGCAGCAGAGCACGGCGGCCACGGACCUGGACCGGCUAGGCGUGUCGGCAACCGGAGCGACGCUCCUCAAGGCGGUGCGCGAGACCACCUUCCGCGGCCUCGCCGGUAACUUCACCCUUCUCGACGGGCAGCUGCAGCCGCCGGCGUACGAGUUCGUCAACGUCGUCGGGAAAAGCUCGAGAGCGGUGGGCUUCUGGACGCCGGAUGAUGGGAUCACGCAGACUCUGGGGGCGGACGGCGCCAAGGGGAUGAGGAGGACAAUCUUUUGGCCAGGUGAUUCCACGUCCGCCCCGAGAGGCUGGGUCGUGUCGCCGAACGGACAUAAGCUUCGCGUCGCCGUGCCGGUGAAGAAUGGGUUCAAGGAGUUCGUCGACGUCGGCGGUGAGUCGGCGACAGCAGAGCAUCCAAACAUCACAGGCUACUGCAUCGAGGUGUUCGACGCGGUCAUGAGCAAGAUGCCGUACCCAGUGAGCUACGAGUACGAGCCGUUCCCCGACAGCUCCGAGUCCUACGAAAACAUCGUGUCGCUGGUUCCAGAGCAGAGCGCGGACAUCGUCGUCGGCGACGUGACAAUCACGGCGAGCAGGAUGAGCAAGGUGGACUUCAGCAUGCCGUUCACGGACUCGGGGUGGUCGAUGGUGGUGGCGGUGCGCACGGAGACGAGCACGAGCAUGUGGAUCUUCCUGCGGCCGCUGACCACCAGCCUGUGGCUCGCCAGCUUCGCCUUCUUCUGCUUCACCGGCUUCGUGGUGUGGGCGAUCGAGCACCGGAUCAACCCCGAGUUCCGAGGCACGCGGUGGCAGCAGUUCGGCCUCAUCUUCUACUUCGCCUUCUCCACCCUCGUCUUCUCGCACAAGGAGAAGCUGGAGAGCAACCUGUCGAGGUUCGUGGUGAUCAUCUGGGUGUUCGUCGUCCUGAUCCUGACGUCGAGUUACACAGCGAGCCUGACGUCGAUGCUGACGGUCCAGAAGCUCCAGCCGGCGGCGACCGACGUGACAGAGCUCCAGCGGACCGGGGCCUACAUCGGGUACCAGGAGGGCUCCUUCAUCAAGCAACGACUCCAGAAACAAGGCUUCGACGAGACCAAGAUGAGGAGCUACAGCACGGCGGAGGAGUACGCCGACGCGCUGUCCAGCGGCCGAGUCGCCGCCGUGUUCGACGAAAUCCCGUACCUGAAGCUCUUCCUGUCGCAGUACUGCGAUGGCUACACCAUGUACGGCCCGGUCUACAAGGCCGACGGCUUCGGGUUCGUCUUCCCGACGGGCAGCCCGCUGACGCCCGACGUGUCGCGGGCGGUCCUGACGCUAGCGGAAGGGGAGGAGAUGGCGCAGAUCGAGAAGAAGUGGUUCGGCGAGCCGGGAGCGUGUCCGAGACAGAGCGGCGGCGGCGCCGCCGCCGCGCUCGGCGCCUCCAACCUCAGCUUCCGGAGCUUCGGCGGGCUGUUCCUCAUCACCGGCGUCGUGUCCAGCCUCAUGCUUCUCGUCUACCUCGCCACCUUCAUCUACCGCGAGCGCGGCGAGGUCCGGCCGGAGCCGGAGGAGGGAGGGUUGGGGAGCUCAUCGGUGCGCCGGCUGCUCGCGUGGAUGCGACACUUCGACCAGAGGGAUCUCAAGUGCCCCACGUUCAAGACGGGGAACGACGACUGCGUCAGGGAAGGGAACCAUAGGAGAUGGGUGGAGUCCGUCAGGAAUGGCCGUGGCGGGAACGGGUCGGUGCAGGCGGCGAUCGAGGAGGGAGCCAUAGCCGUUGGCAUGACCCCGCUCAGGUUCAGCACCUCUACUGCGUCGGAGACGAUCAACGCUGAUUCGUCGCCGGCGUCGGAGCUUGGCACCUCGUUCGGGCAGGGGAUACUGGAGGCGCCACACUCUGUAUCGGUGGAGAUGCCAGGAUCAACGGCCUCAUAAAUUACUACCACACUAGUACUUCCUAGUUUCUACGUACAAGUUGGUAGAGGGAAAUUGCUCCCUGGCAUUCCUAAUAGAAAACUCUGACAAGUCAAAUCAGUUAAUGCUUUCAUAAAAAAAAAGUUAACAAGAACAAAAAAAAAAUGCUACAGGGCUGUGCAAACGGCAGACUGUCACAUUUUACAGUUUUACACCAGGUUAUUCUUUUGCAAUGACACAACGUUACAAUACAAACAAAUCAAUCAUGUUUCCUUCAAAAAGAACUUAGGAUACAACAACGCACAUAUUAUGGUACGAAUACAACAAUGCAUGGUGCCACAUCACGCUCCGGCCAUGGCUUCGACCAUAGCACGACAAAAGGCCAACGAACAUGCAUGCCAUCCUCGCUGCAGUCCGUCCGACCCAGUUCUAAGGAUCUAGUGCCCGCUGCUCCUGAACUGUACACGAUCCUAACGAUCUAUGAAUGCAACCC